GCGGCGGUUGGGGCGGCGGCGCAGCGCGGCGUUCCGUUCCCGGCUGCGAGAGGAGCUGCGGCCCGGUCCCGCUGUGUGACCCUCGCAGGGCAUGGCCGCGAGCUCGUUCCCCGAAGCGGCGGCUUGGCAGCUGAGCCCCGCCGCGAACCCCCGGAGGCGGCGCUGGGCCGUACCGCGGCCCGAGGAUGACUCCGACGAGGAGCCCGCCGUGCUGGUCCUCAGCCACUUCUCGCGGCCGCCGUACCUCAGCUUCGGCAGUCUGCGCGUCGGCUCCUCGCGCACCCGGCGCCUGGGGAUCGACAACCCCAACGCGGAGCGUGUCGAGGUGCUCGUCGAUCGCUUCCCGGCCUCCGCCAGGGGCUUCAGCCUUGAGCGCCGCUGCUUCUCUGUGGAGUCAGGACAAAGAAUAUUUGUUUAUGUAACAUGGACCCCGUCAGAAGAAGGCAAGGUCAGAGAGCUGGUAACGUUUGUUGUCAAUGGCAUUGUAAAGCAUCAGGCUGUGCUUCUGGGUGUUGCUGAACAACCUCUGAAAAAAAAGAAGAGUCUUUGGGAUACUAUUAAAAAGAAGAACAGUUCAGAAACAUCUGUUUCAAGGAAAAUUAAUAAAAGAAAUUCAAAAGUUAAAAAUGUUAAUAAAACCUUUCAAGUUUCCCAGGAGGCAGAUAGACUGAGAAGCCCACUUCAAUCAUGUGAAAAUCAGAAUGCAAUGCAAAAUACUACAUCGCCAGUAAAUGAGUCUCCUGUUGGCUCAGAAAAUAAGUUGCCUAUCUCUCCUAUUGCACCAGUGCUAGAGGAACUUCGUACUACUGCUUGCACACCACUUUCAAUGAGGAGAUCUACUACAUUCUCAGAUAUUGCUGCUGCUGUAAAUGAGGGGUUGUUGCCUGUAAUGGACAGCCACAACUUCAAUAAAUCACUUGAUGACCACAAUGAAUUGAAAUCUGGAAGUGCAUACAGUUCUUCUGGAUUAGGAAAACCACCGAUUUCAAAUGAUGAAGUAAUUCUCAAUUGCACGCUCUCACCUGUUUGCACUCCAGAACAUUCAUCAUCUGUGCCCUUUUUAAGUACAAGGAGAUUUUUAAGUCCUGAUACUUUUGUAAAUGACGUUUAUCAAGUUGAUGGAGAUAUAGAGCCAUCCUUUCCAAUUCUGUCACCUGAUCAAUUUGUGAAAGACAUGCAAUUGUAUAUGCAAUUGAAGACUCCCAAACCCGAGGCAGCUUUAAUAUCUUCUACUACAAAGACUUAUGUCGUGAAGGAAUGUGCCCCCUCAAAAUGGAAAAAAAAUGGAGACAGACAGACAAAAACACAGGUUCACAUAGAACAUGUGUUAAAUGAAGCCUUUGAGGUGCAUAGCGUAGAUUCACAAGUGCUUCAUCAUAACAAAUCUGAAGAAAAUCACUUCGGUUGUCCUUCUAUACAGGAAUUUCAAACACGUUCUUCUCAGAUAGAACAACCAAAAAAGCGCCCAGUUCUGUCUGCCACUGUCAUCAAAAAUAAGCCCAAUGCUGAUGAGAGGAAAAAGAUGGAAAUGCUUCAGCCCAAAUCUAAGAAAUGCCUUAAUAGCGCAAUAAUGACGUGUGAAAAUAUGGUGCCAUUAUACACAAAGGCUGAAAUAUCCGAACACCUUCCAGUCAUAGGUCCAGUUUCAGCUGGAAAUAAGUGUCCCAGUGACAAAGUAAGCUCAUCUACUGAAUCUACUUCUUUGUGUCGUAAGAGGAAAAAUGAAUUAUCUAUGGAAAAAAAUAGAGUUGUAGGCUCAGUGCACGUGGAAGAAGUGGAAAGAAAAAGAGCUCUUACAUCCAGCAUGGACAAUAAAACGCAUGCUACCGUGAAACUGUCAGCCUUCAAACAUACAACCCGAGAGAGAAUAGGGCAGAACAAGAAAGCUGGUUCUUCCCUUCAGAAAGCAUCAAAAACUACCAAUAGAAUUAACAAGCCCGUUGCUGGAUUGGCUCAGUCUCACCUGACAUUUGUGAAACCACUGAAAACAGUCAUUCCUAGGCACCCAAUGCCUUUUGCUGCUCAAAACAUGUUUUAUGAUGAACGUUGGAAGGAGAAGCAACAACGAGGUUUCACUUGGUGGUUAAAUUUUGUGCUUACCCCUGAUGACUUCAGUGUAAAAACAAACACCUCACAAGUAAAUGCAGCUGCUCUUAUCUUGGGAGAAGAGAACCGUCAUAAAACCAGUGUUCCUAAAGCACCAACAAAAGAGGAAGCAUCUCUAAAAGCAUAUACUGCUCGUCGUAGACUGAACAAGUUACGUCGGGAUGCUUGUCGUCUGUUUACAACUGAAACAAUGGUUAAAGCUAUUAAGAAGCUGGAAGUUGAGAUUGAAACUCGACGUUUGCUAGUUCGUCGAGACAGGCAUCUUUGGAAAGAUGUAGGAGAGAGGCAGAAAGUCCUUAACUGGCUUUUAUCUUACAAUCCCUUGUGGCUGCGUAUAGGUCUGGAGACUGUUUAUGGGGAACUGAUAACUUUGGAGAGCAAUAGUGAUUUUAUGGGUUUGGCAGUAUUUAUUCUUCAUCGCUUGCUUUGGAACCCUGACAUUGCAGCUGAAUAUAGACAUCCCACUGUGCCUCACCUUUACCGAGAAGGUCAUGAAGAAGCCUUGUCGAAAUUUACACUGAAAAAAUUGCUGUUGUUAGUUUGCUUUCUGGAUCGUGCUAAACAGUCCAGAUUGAUUGGCCAUGACCCUUGCCUCUUUUGUAAGGAUGCAGAAUUCAAGACAAGUAAAGACAUCCUGCUGGCGAUUUCUCGUGACUUCCUGAGUGGUGAAGGUGAUCUUUCCCGCCAUCUUGGUUUCUUGGGACUACCUGUCAGCCAUAUUCAAACUCCACUUGACGAAUUUGAUUUUGCUGUAACAAAUCUGGCUGUGGACCUACAGUGUGGCAUUCGUCUUGUGAGAACGAUGGAACUUCUAACCAACGACUGGAAUCUUUCAAAACAGCUGAGAGUUCCGGCAAUUAGUCGUCUACAGAAGAUGCAUAAUGUUGAUAUUGUUCUCGGUGUUCUUAAAAAGCGAGGAAUUCACUUGAAAGAUGAAAGUGGUGCUUCAAUUGACUGUAGGGAUAUUGUGGACAGACACAGGGAACGAACAUUAGCUCUGCUGUGGAAAAUUGUCUUUGCUUUCCAGGUGGAUAUUCUUCUUAAUGUGGAACAGUUAAAAGAAGAAAUCAAAUUUUUAAAGAAUGCACAUAAGAUAAAAAUGCAGCUGGGUGCUCUCAAGCUUUUUUCAAGUUGUUGCAGAAUACAAGAAGAUAACAGUAGUAGCCCCGCACCUCAAAGUCACGGUGAAAAUGUGAAGCUGCUGAUGGCAUGGGUUAAUGCUGUUUGUGGAUUUUACAAUAUGAAGGUGGAAAAUUUCACAGUCUGUUUCUCAGAUGGAAGAGUACUGUGUCAUUUAAUUCAUCAUUACCACCCGUGUUAUGUGCCUUUGGAAGCUGUGUGCCAGCGUACAACUCAAACAGUAGAGUGCUCAAGAACUCAUAAGGUGGGACUAAAUUGUUCCUCCUCAUCCUCUUCGGAGUCUGAUACUUCUCUAAAUGUUACGGAAGGACCAUUUGACCAAGCUGUAACUGCUUCAGUCUUGUACAAGGAACUGUUAGAAAAUGAAAAGAAGAACUUCCAGCUAAUCAAUAAUGCAGUUUCUGACCUAGGUGGAAUACCAGCAAUGAUUCAUCACUCAGACAUGUCAAAUACAAUUCCUGAUGAGAAGGUUGUUAUUACCUACCUAUCGUUUCUGUGCUCACGGCUUCUAGAUCUACGGCAGGAAACUCGAGCCGCUCGUUUAAUUCAGUCUGCUUGGAGGAAAUUCAGGCUGAAAAGGGAACUGAAACUUUCUCAGGAAAGAGACAGAGCUGCUCGGAUAAUUCAAAAAUAUGCAAUAAACUUCUUGUCUCAUCGACGCCUCGUGAAGAAACACAACGCAGCAGUCAUUAUCCAGAAGCACUGGAGAAGACAUUUAGCUAGGAUGAUUUUUUUAAAUCUAAAAAAGAAAACAUGGGAAGAAGCCAGAAGUAAAUCUGCCACAGUAAUUCAGGCUUAUUGGAGGAGAUACUCUGCAAGGAAAAGUUAUUUACAGCUAAGAUACUAUGUUAUUUUUGUACAAGCAAGGAUAAGGAUGUUGUUAUCUGUUGCUGCAUAUAAACGAAUUCUUUGGGCUACUGUUACAAUUCAGAAUCACCUGCGUGCAUCCAAACUGGCAAAGGAGCAUCGGCAAAGAUACAAAAUCUUAAGGUCUUCAGCACUUACUAUACAGUCUGCUUUCAGAAAAUGGAGAAAACACAAAAUUCAAGAGAAAAUUAGAGCUGCUUUAGUGCUCCAGAGAUACUUCAGAAAAUGGCAAUCUUCAAAACUGGCUAAAAGAAAGAGAGCUGCCCUUGUCAUUCAGUCUUGGUAUAGGAUGCACAGAGAUAUGAAACAGUACCUAUGUAUUAAGCGAAGCAUUAUCAAGAUUCAGGCUUGGUACAGGUGUCAGAGAGCUAGACGUAUUUACCAGGAAUACAGGGCACAAAUAGUGAUCAUUCAGCAGUAUUAUAGAGCUUAUAAGUUAGGAAAAAGUGAGAGAGAGAACUAUUUGCAAAAGCGUGCAGCGGUAGUAGUUCUCCAAGCUGCUUUUAGAGGCAAGAAAGCACGUAUACUAUACAGGCAAACCAAAGCAGCUUGUGUUGUUCAAUCACUGUGGAGAAUGAGACAAGCAAAACUAAGAUUUCUACUAUUAAAAAAAUCUGUUACCUUAUUGCAAUCCCAUGUGAGAAAAUACCAACAGGUAAAAAGAUACAAAGAGAUGAAAAAUGCUGCUUCUGUAAUUCAAGCUUGGUAUAGGGCACGUGUCACUUCUAAAAAAGCAGCCUUUUCUUUCCAGAGGAUGCGUCUGGCUGCCAUUGUCCUUCAGUCUGCCUACAGAGGAAGGAAAGCUAGGAAAGAAGCUCACAUAUUGAGAUCUGUGGUAAAAAUUCAGUCAAGUUUCCGUGCUUAUGUCAUCCGAAAGAGAUUUAAAGACUUGAGAAAUGCAACAGUGAAAAUUCAAGCUUGUGUAAAGAUGAGACAAGCUCGUAGGUAUUACUGUGCCUUAAGGGAAGCAACGCUUUAUGUCCAGCAAAAGUAUCGGUCUCGUAGAUACGCUCUUCAACUUAAAGAAGAUUAUAGGAAAUUGAAGGAAGCCUGCAUAAGAAUUCAAGCUGCAGUUCGAGGCUAUCUUGUCAGGAAGCAAAUAAAAAGGUGGAGGGAGACUGCAAUAUUUCUCCAGGCACAGUACAGAAUGAAGAGGACCAGGGCACAUUAUUUAAUUAUGUACAGUGCUGCUGUUGUCAUUCAAAAACACUAUCGUGCACACCACAAGCAACUCUGUCAGAGACAGGAGUUCCUGCAAGCUAAAAAAGCAGCAGUGUGCAUACAGGCAGCCUACAGGGGUUAUAAGGCACGCAAAAAGCUUAAGCUUGAACACAGAGCUGCUGUCAAAAUUCAGACGGCUUUUAGAGCUCAUGCUACAAGAAAAAAAUAUCAGGCAAUGAUUCAAGCUUCUGUUGUGAUUCAGAGAUGGUACAGAACUUGCAAGACCAGUAACAGGCAAAGACUGACCUUCCUAAAGACAAGAGCAGCUGUGCUUACUUUACAAGCAGCUUUUCGCGGUUACCAGGUUCGAAAGCAAAUUCGAAGACAGUGUGCUGCUGCAACUGCAAUACAAUCUGCCUUCAGAAAAUUCAUGGCUCUGAAAACAUUCAGACUUAUGAACCGUGCUGCGCUCACUAUCCAAAGGUGUUACAGAGCCAGCGUCAUAAGCCGAAAACAACGUCAGGAGUACGUUGAGCUGCGGAACUGUGUAGUACGUCUUCAGGCGAUAUGGAGGGGAAGAGCAGCGAGAAAAAAGAUUCAAAAGGGGCACAGUCUUGCAACAAUUAUUCAGUCCUAUUACAGAAUGCACGUCAAUCGAUUAAAAUUUAAAAAACUAAGGCAAUCUACUCUGGUGAUUCAGAGAUACUUUAGAGCUUACUGUAUGAAAAAAAAACAGCGUGCACUUUAUCUAAAGACAAAGGUGGCUGUGCUAGUCUUGCAGUCUGCGUACCGUGGAAUGACUGUGAGGAAACAACUGAGGGAAUUAAGCGAAGCUGCGACGACCAUACAAGCAGCCUUCAAAUCGUACCUGGUAAAAAAGGACUAUGUAAGACUUAGAUCUGCAGCAGUAGUAAUUCAGAGGCACUAUCGUGCAGUUAUUCACACUAAAUGGCAAAGGCAAAAGUACUUAUCUUUAAAAACUUCUGCAAUCAAAAUGCAAGCAAUUUACAGAGGCCUAAAAGUCAGACGACAGAUUCAUUCUAUGCAUCAAGCAGCUAUUCGUAUUCAAGCCAUGUUUAAGAUGCAUCGCUUAAGUAUUAGAUACCAGGCAAUUAGAAUGGCAGCGGUUAUAAUUCAAAGACAGUAUAGAGCAUUUUGUUUAGGCAGAGUACAACGUAAGAAGUACUUGGAGCUCAAGAAAUCUUCCAUUGUCCUUCAGGCUGCCUUUAGAGGCAUGAAAGUUCGACAAGACUUAAAAAUGAUGCAUCAGUCAGCAGCACUGAUACAGUCUUAUUAUCGAGUGCGCAAACAACAGAGGGAUUUCAGAAACUUGUUGCUGGCAACCAGGCAGAUUCAGCGGUGGUAUCGUGCUUGUAAGGAGCGAAAUAGGCAAGUUCACAACUAUCUGACUGUGAGAAGUGCUACACUUUGUCUCCAGGCUGCAUUUCGUGGCAUGAAAACAAGACGACUUUUAAGAACUAUGAAUCAAUCUGCUGAGCUUAUUCAAAGAAGAUUCAGAACUUUUCUCCAAAGAAAACGUUUUAUUUCCCUUAGAACAGCCGCUGUUGUAAUUCAGAGAAAAUAUCGAGCAACAAAACUAGCAAAAAUUCAACGUCAGCGAUAUCUCUCGUUGUUUAACGCUGCUGUUAUCAUCCAGUCAGCCUAUAGAGGCUUUUUGGCAAGGAAGAAAAUGAGGCAGAUGCAUCAAGCUGCUACAGUCAUCCAAGCAAUGGUAAGAAUGCGAAAAAUUUACAUUUCUUACCAAGUUCUCAGACUCGCUUCAGUAAUCAUACAGCAACGUUAUCGUGCUUACAGGGAAGGCAAGCGUGUCAGAGAAAUGUACUUAAAAACGUACAAAUCUGUUUUAGUUCUUCAGGCUGCCUACAGAGGAAUGAAAACAAGAUGCUUCUUGAAGAAAAGGCAUGAGGCAGCGCUUAUAAUACAGAGAAACUACAGAAUGUACAGGCAGUACCACCGCUACAGACGAGUUCAGUGGGCAGCCCAGCUAAUACAGAGGAAAUUCAGAGCGAAUAGCCUAAGGAAUCUUGCAGUACAGCGUUACUCCUCAUUUAAGAAAGCAGCAAUUUGUAUUCAGAGGGCUUUUCGGGACAUGCGCUUGAAAAAACAACAUCAAGAAAUGCACCGUGCCGCUACUGUGGUUCAGAAAAAUUAUAAAGCUUUUCGAGAACAUCAGAGAUAUCUCUCCCUUAAAGCAGCUGCUCUUGUCUUUCAGAGAAGAUACAGAGCUUUGAUUCUGUCUAGGCAGCAUACUCAGGAGUAUCUUAAUCUCCGCAGAGCAACUAUUCGUCUACAGGCUGUGUACAGAGGAAUCAGAGUGCGCAAGAGCAUUGAGCGCAUGCAUUUAGCUGCUCGUACGAUACAAUCAGCCUAUAAAAUGCACAGAAAUAGAAGCGCAUAUCAAAAGAUGAGAACUGCAGCUAUUGCUAUACAGAACUACUACCGUUCCUACGUUAGAACAAAGAAUCAACAAAAGAAAUAUCUGACGAUUAAGAAAUCUGUUCUUCUUAUUCAGGCAUCUUACAGAGGCAUGAAGGAACGACGGAAGCUGAAAAUGAUGCAUGCUUCAGCAAUCGUAAUACAGUCUAGUUAUCGGAUGUACAUACAGCAUAAAUAUUAUAAACAGUUGUGCUGGGCCGUCAGAGUUAUACAGCAAAGGUUCAGAGCCAAAAUAGCAAAAGAAGCUGACAUGGAAAACUAUGCAAAAAUAAGGAAGGCCAUCGUUUGCCUUCAGUCUUCUUUUCGUGCUGGAAAGGCAAGGCAGUUGCAUAAAACCAAUGCUGCUGCGCUAUUCAUCCAAUCAUUCUUACGAAUGCGUGUGGAAAGGAAGCGUUUUGUUGUGAAAAAAGCAGCAGCAAUAACGAUCCAGUCAGCGUUUCGACGCCAGAGAGCAAGGGCCCGCUAUAAAUCUGUUCAGAAUUCAAUAGUUGCUAUUCAGAGGUGGUAUAGAGCGUGUCACAGUGCUCGUUUACAGAAAGCAGAGUAUUCUCUUCAAAGGCAAGCGAUAAUAAUUAUUCAGUCUGCCUACCGUGGUAUGAAAGCAAGAAAACUAGCGAGACAGAUACGUGCCACAAGGAAGAUUCAGUCUUUCCUUCGGAUGGCUGUGCAACGUAGAAAAUUUAUUCAACUUAAAAGAGCGGCUAUUACAUUACAGGCCUGUUUCUUAAUGCACAAAGCUAAAUCACAGUAUGCCAGCUAUAAAAAAGCAGCUGUUGUCUUACAGCGAUGGUACCGAUCCCACUUGAUUGUAAAACACCAAAGAAUGACCUACUUGCAAACCCAGAAAAAAAUUAUCCUUGUGCAGGCUGUAGUCAGAAGAUUCAUUGUGAAGAAGAGGUUCCAGAAAAUUAAAGAAAGCGCAAUAAAAAUUCAGGCACUUGUUCGUGGAUUUACUCAGAGACAACAAUACCUUCGGUGCAAGUUUGCUGCUUUAGUAAUACAGCAACACUACAGAGCGUAUCAGAUGCGAAAUGUUGAACAGCAAAGAUUCAACCAAAAGAAAAGAGCUGUUAUCAAAAUCCAGGCCUCAUAUAGAGGAUUUAAAGCCAGGCAGUUGGCUAACAAAGUGAGAGCAGCACAAGUAAUUCAAGCCUGGUUUCGAGGCUGGAAAGCAAGAAAGGAAUAUGCAUCUAUGGUAGAAGCUGUGCGCAUUAUUAAGAGUCACUUCAGAACAAAACGUCAGAGGACCUGGUUUUUGAAAAUGAAGUUCAGUGCACUUACUAUUCAGAGAAGAUGGAGAGCAACCCUUGCUGCAAGAACUGUUCGGCUUCAGUUUCUGGCAACCAAGAAUGCAGUAGUCAAGAUUCAGUCGGCAUACAAACAGUACAGGGCUAGAAGACUUUUAAGAAAGUUUUUGGAACAGAAGCAAAAGAAGAGACUACUUUAUUUUAUAGCAGCUGCAUAUCAUCAUGUUUCCGCGAUUAAAAUUCAAAGGGCUUAUAGGAUGCAUCUUGCCUAUAAGCUAGCAGAAAACCACAUCUCAUCAGUUCUUAUCAUACAGGAGAUGUGCUCCAGUUCCUCGAUCAUCUUGGUGGCCCUAUGGUGGCUUGACUGGGUCUCUCUGUUGCUGGGGGGUGCGGAACUGGACACGAAAUGGUUCCGAGCAAAAAUGCAACAGAAAAGAUCUCAAAGAGAUUUGCAAAGAAUCAUUCGAUGUCAACGUAUGAUCCGAGGCUGGCUAAAUCGCAGAAAUGACGCGGCAACCGUAAUCCAGCGACGUGUACGGAGAUUUCUUGCCUGCAGGCGUAAGAGAAAAAUCGCAGUUGGAAUAAUUAAAUUCCAGGCAUUGUGGAGAGGAUAUUCCUGGAGAAAGAAUAAUGACACAGCAAAAACUAAAGCUUUAAGGCUCAGCUUGGAAAAGGCUAACAGAAAGUGCAAAGAAGAAAACAAAUUGUGCAACAGAACCUCAAUUGCUAUUGGAUAUCUUCUAAAAUACAAACAUAUUUCUUACAUUCUUGCAGCAUUAAAGCAUUUAGAGGUGGUCACCAGGCUCUCCCCUCUCUGUUGUGAAAAUAUGGCCCAGAGCAGAGCGAUCUUCACUAUUUUUGUUCUGAUUCGAAGCUGCAACCGGAGUGUUCCAUGUAUGGAUGUGAUCAGAUAUUCAGUUCAAGUUCUACUUAAUGUUUCAAAGUAUGAAAGAACCACUCAAGCAGUAUAUGAAGUAGAUAAUUCCAUAGAUACAUUACUAGACCUACUGCAAAUGUACAGAGGGAAAGCUGGGGACAAAAUUUUGGAAAAAGGAGGAAGUAUUUUCACGAAGACUUGUUGUUUGUUGGCCAUCCUUUCAAAGGACUCGAAGAGAGCUUCGGAAAUCCGAAGCAUGCCAAGAGUUGUUACGUGCAUUCAAAGCCUCUAUAAGCUUACGGCUCGUAAGUGCAAAAUGGAUGCAGAGAGAACGCUUGUGAAACAGAAGACGAACACUUUAAUUAGUGGAAUUUCCUUUAUUCCAGUAACUCCUCUAAGAAUAAAGACAGUUUCAAGAAUUAAACCAGACUGGGUUUUGAGAAAAGAUAACAUGCAAGAAGUCGUGGAUCCGCUCCAAGCAAUCGUGAUGGUGAUGGAUACGCUUGGCAUUGCCUGCUACUGAAAUGUAAAUUAAUGUAUUUGUACAGUAAGUACAGGCGGCUAAAUGAUUUUAAAAGGAAACAAAUAAUUGUCAAGCUGCCCUUGAACAUGUUUUUGUAAUUAUCUUUUUGGUAUUGUAUACAGCUUUUGAAAUCCUGCCAAAAUCAAUUGUACAAUAAAAUCGUAUGUCCUUGUCUA